UAAGGGGCAGCUGGCCCCAGAGGCAGCUGCAGGUAGAAAACACGCCUGGCCCCAGGAUGGCACAGAAACUCAGCAGCACCCCUGCCAGGGAGCUGGACAAGUUCAUAGAGGAUAACCUCCUUCCCGACACCAGAUUCUGUGAUGAGGUCAGAGCAGCCAUCGACAUCAUGUGUAAAUUCCUGAAGGAGAAAUGCUUCGGAGACACCAGCCACGAUGUGAGGGUCUCCAAGGUGGUGAAGGGCGGCUCCUUGGGCAAAGGCACCAAUCUCAAUGGCAGGUCGGAUGCUGAGCUGGUCGUCUUUGUUAACAAUCUCAGCAGUUUUGAGGAUCACUUAAAGAGAUGGGGAGAAUUCAUCCAGGAAAUUAAGAAACAGUUGCGCAAGUUACAGCGUGAAAAUAUAAUUCAACUGGAGUUUAUCAUUAAGAGUGAACAAUGGCCCAACUCCCUGGCACACAACUUCAGGCUGAGGUCCCCUGACCUGGAUCAGGAGAUGGAGUGUGAUGUUCUGCUCGCCUGUGAUGUGCUGGGUAAGCCAGUCAGAGCCUCAGCUCACCCUUCCAU